CGGGCGGCAAGAAAUUGGUCGAAGACGCACGUCGAAACUACGCUCCGACUUCACAGCCGGCGAAGCCACUGUCCGUGACGUACGUGGCUAACUGGCGAAGUCGAUACCGUAUCGAAAACCUAAAACAAAAAACGCAGGAAUCGAAAUUUAAAUUAGAAAGUGUUGUGUUUACGCGCGAUUUUCCGCGCCAUACAGUGACAGUGUCAUCAAAUUCUUGUGUUUGUGGUCUGUGACUUUUUGUUUUUUUUUUCAAACUUUGGAUUUCGAAUUCCUGAUAUGGCAGCACCGAAUCAUGUACGAGCGGAUAGAUUGCGGCAAAUGUUUAGCUGGACGACAGGAGAGACCUCGCCACCGUCACCGAUGGGUGACGAGAAAGAGUCCAAAAUGAGUCACAUACAGUUCUCAGCGCCUCUGGACAAACAAAAUACGAUCGCAUUACAAAAGCGCGCCGAAGCAGUGUGCGUGCAAAAUGCCUAUAAACACUACGGCUCAAACAAACGACCCAACCACGUGCUCAGUAAGCUCAACAUGACUGUGAAAAAGGGUACCAUAUAUGGACUGUUGGGCGCUUCGGGCUGCGGUAAGACAACAUUGCUCUCCUGUAUCGUGGGGCGGCGGAAACUUAACAGCGGCGAUAUUUGGGUGCUGGGAGGCAAACCGGGUACAAAAGGUUCAGGUGUUCCCGGCAAACGCGUGGGCUACAUGCCGCAAGAGAUUGCUCUAUACGGCGAGUUCACAAUCAAGGAGACCAUGAUGUACUUCGGCUGGAUCUUCGGCAUGGAGACCAGGGAAAUUGGGGAGAGGCUGCGGUUCCUCCUCGACUUCCUCGACUUGCCCAGUGAGAAUCGUAUGGUGAAGAAUUUGAGUGGCGGUCAGCAGCGCCGUGUAUCAUUCGCUGUGGCCCUGAUGCAUGACCCCGAGCUGCUUAUCCUGGACGAACCAACCGUUGGCGUGGACCCUCUCCUCCGGCAGUCCAUCUGGACCCACCUGGUGCGGAUCACCAGCUCGGGCGAUAAGACUGUCAUCAUCACCACACAUUACAUUGAAGAGGCGAGGCAGGCUCAUUGCAUUGGGUUGAUGCGUAGCGGUCGACUGUUGGCGGAAGAUCCACCUCAAGCCUUGCUCACCAUGUACAAUUGUAUUUCAUUAGAAGACGUUUUCCUCAAGCUUUCAAGGAAACAAGGUCAAGGUAAUCAAGUGGUAGAGCUGAACGUGUCCGGCGGAGCCCUAGGGCUCAACAAGAUGUCAAAACGCGAAGAGGCGCCCUACGCGAAUGAAGAUGGCCAGGUUAUCGGCCUGAACUUCCACCAGAGCAAGGAGGUUCUGAUUGUGGAUAAUGGUGUCGGCUCUAAUGGAGAUCUCCCGGGUAAGAUGUCGGAGGUGGCGUCAGAGUGCACGGAUUGCAGCGGUCGGUUUAAUUUCACAUCGCGCGGCAAGAUAAAAGCUCUCAUCCAGAAGAACUUCCUGCGGAUGUGGCGGAACAUUGGUGUGAUGCUCUUCAUAUUCGCUCUGCCAGUCAUGCAGGUGAUACUCUUCUGUCUCGCCAUCGGCAGAGACCCGAGUGGAUUGAAACUGGCGAUAGUGAAUCACGAUGUCAACGUCUUCGACGGUUACUGCCCCUACAACUCGUCUUGCUCAAUGAAGAACCUCUCCUGCCGGUAUCUGGACCACCUGAAGAACGGCUCCAUCAUCAAGAACUAUUACGCGCAAUUGGAGGACGCUAAGCACGCCGUGCGGGAGGGGGAGGCCUGGGGUGUGAUUUACUUCAAUGAGAAUUACACGGACUCGCUGGUUGCAAGAUUGGCGUUAGGUGACACAGCUGACAACGAGACGAUAAUGUCAUCAGAGAUAGAAGUGUGGCUCGACAUGUCCAACCAGCAGAUCGGUCUCAUGCUCAGUCGAGAUAUACAGUUCUCGUACCGGGAUUUCGCUAAGGGCUUGCUAUCCACGUGCAACUACAAUCCGAAAGUGGGAGACAUCCCCAUUGACUUUAAGGACCCAAUCUACGGAGAUAAUAACCCUUCCUUCACUGACUUCGUCGCGCCUGGUGUUAUUCUUACGAUCGUAUUCUUCUUAGCCGUAGCGCUAACCUCCUCAGCACUGAUAGUAGAACGAACCGAGGGCCUGCUCGACCGCUCGUGGGUCGCGGGCGUGUCACCCGGCGAGAUCCUGUUCUCGCACGUGGUGACCCAGUUCGUGGUCAUGUGCGGUCAGACGGCGCUCGUGCUCAUCUUCAUGAUACUCGUGUUUGGGGUCAAGAGCAAUGGGAAUAUAGCGUACGUGGUCAUGCUGACGCUGUUGCAAGGUCUGUGCGGCAUGUGCUUCGGGUUCGUGAUCUCGGCGGCGUGCGAGCUGGAGCGCAACGCCAUCCAGCUGGCGCUGGGCUCGUUCUACCCGACGCUGCUGCUGAGCGGCGUGAUCUGGCCCAUCGAGGGCAUGCCGUGGGCGCUGCGCUGCGUGUCGCUGUGCCUGCCGCUCACGCUGGCCACGUCGGCGCUGCGCUCCGUGCUGACGCGCGGUUGGCCGCUCUCCGACCCGGCGGUCUACAUGGGCUUCGUGGCCACGCUGUCGUGGAUCGCGCUCUUCCUCGUCGUCACGCUCACCAUACUCAGGUUCAAGCGCGGCUGAGAGGCGCGAGAACCUUAUUUAUUGCGCGUUCGCCCGUGAAGUCUUGUAUUUCUGUAGUCUGUAGCCACCCGAAAGUUAUCUGGAGAUGUGAUUGUGACGCGCUUUUAAUGUCGGUGUUGCCGUGUAUGUGUACUUGAAAUUUAUGUAGAUUUUAGGUCGCGCCGUGCGCCCGCCCGCCGGGCGUCGGAUAGCGGAAUUGACUGUUAGUCGACGUGUAAAUAGUAGAAUAUUUAUUAAGGUUGUAGGGAUGUUAGCGAUAAUGAUUUGUCCGGCGCUUUUACGGUGUUUUUAUUUUUCUUUUAUUCUCCGGUAGAGGACUUUUGAUGCGUCUUUUACGAUACCUGAUGAAGUUACCAGAUAGAUUUAGAUGGUGCCAUAGUGGUGAUUUUUGAACGAACAACGAUUCGAACGUAUUUCGACAAAAUUUUUAUGUAAUCGUCGAUUAUAACCUAAAAUUUUGAAAUUUACGCGCCAUCUUCAAUCGAACUAUGUUCCAUAGAUAAUAAUAAACGUUAGACCGACGUAUGUCAAUGGUAUAAAAUAUUAUAAUAUGAGUAGGAUUUUAAUUUGUACAGUAAGUAAAAUAGUAUAAGUAUUCUAUAGACUAAGGUUGUAUUUAGAUAACGGCAAUACAUAUCUUGUUAAUUGGAUUUGCGUAUAUAUCUUCUGAUGUAAUAUUUUAUAUUUUUUUAAUAAAAUAUAUAGUUAAAUUCGGUUUUAUAAGAAGGGCAAUACUUAAAUGAAUAUAAUUCAAUAGGAGCUAGAUUAUUUUUAGAAUAGAAGUGUCAGACUGUGAUUAUUUUUGCUAACAUUGACAUUUUUGUAAUGACAAUUAUACAAUAAUACUGUACCAAAUACGA